AUGCGGCUCCUGGAACGCGACGGCACUGGCGAGUUCCAUCUGACGAAGCACCUUCCGAGCGACGUGAUCCCCGAGAUCCCCCCUUACGCGAUACUUUCACACACAUGGGGCGAGGAGGAGGUCCUCUUCAAAGACCUGGAGGAUGGCACGGCCAAGAAAAAAGCGGGUUAUGCUAAGAUCCAGUUCUGCGGAGAUCAAGCCGAACGCGAUGGACUGAAAUACUUCUGGGUCGACACGUGCUGCAUCGACAAGUCCGACGCUGCCGAGCUUCAGCAAGCACUGAACUCCAUGUUUCAGUGGUAUCGCGACGCGGCAAACUGUUAUGUCUAUCUAGCAGAUGUCUCAACCCAUCAGCAGGAUAUCACAGACAACCCCGACUGGAAGUUGGCCUUCCAACAGAGCAGAUGGUUCACCAGAGGAUGGACCCUCCAAGAGCUUAUCGCCCCAACGUCGGUCGAGUUCUACUCUAAAGAAGGCUUGCGUCUGGGAGACAAGAAGUCUUUGGAAAAGGAAAUUCACCAUAUAACCGAGAUUCCCGUCAGAGCCCUCCAGGGAUAUCCGCUGUCGGAUUUCAGCUUUGAUGAACGAAGGGCGUGGACCGAGAAGCGAAACACCACACUUGAAGAAGACAAGGCGUACUCUUUAUUCGGCAUCUUCGACGUGCACAUGCCGGUUCUCUACGGCGAAGGAAAAGCAAAGGCGUUCGAUCGGCUGCAGGAGAAGAUUGAGAAGAAUGUUCACCGACUGGCAAAGCUGUGGUCCGCUGACCCGCGUGACCCGCGGGUUGAAAAGAAGGGCAUCGAACUGGCAAAGGGCGGUCUGCUGGCUAACGCUUACCGCUGGGUCUUCGACAACCACGACUUCAACCGAUGGCGCUACCAAACAGAGAGCCGCCUGCUCUGGAUAAAGGGUGAUCCCGGCAAAGGCAAGACUAUGUUGCUUUGUGGCAUUAUUGAUGAGCUCGAGCGACCUGUUAUCGCUGACGGUGGCAAUUUGGCAUAUUUCUUCUGCCAAGCUACGGACUCGCGCAUUAACAACGCAACUGCAGUCCUACGGGGGAUAAUAUACCUCCUCGCCCAACGGCAGCCACGUCUCCUCUUACACCUGCCCGAGAACAUGUACGCCUCGGAUGAUGCCAUGGCAUGGAUCGUCUUGUCGAAGACUCUACUGGAGAUGUUAGAAGAUCCGAACUUGAAGGUCACCUACUUGGUGAUUGAUGCUCUGGACGAAUGUGUCACAGACCAACAGAAGCUUCUCAGCUUAAUCGUUCAGAUAUCGUCGGUAUCCACUCGUGUCAAGUUGGUCGUGUCUGGUCGCAAUUGGGUGCAGAUCGAGGAACAGCUGUCGACCGUCGCCCAACAGUCCAAGCUCAGCCUCGAGCUGAACGCCGAAUCUGUCACCGCAGCCGUUGAAGCAUUCAUUCGGCACAAAGUUCUCUACUUGUCCAGCCUAAAACACUACGACAAAACCAUGGAGAAUGCCGUACAUCAUUAUCUCUCCUCCAACGCGAAUGGAACCUUUCUCUGGGUAGCCUUAGUCUGCCAGGCACUCGCCGACCCGGACGUCCGCAGAUGGCAAACGCUAAAGAAGCUACGCGCAUUUCCACCCGGGUUGGAUUCUCUAUAUGCGCGAAUGACGAAAUACAUCGACACCUCAAACGAUGCAGAUCUUUGCAAGCGAAUCCUUGCCGCCGCUACUGUCGUUCGCCGACCCGUCAGCCUUCCUGAACUUAUUGCUGUUGUCGAGAUGCCAGACGACAUUUCGGAUCAUCCGGAGUACUUGGAAGAGCUUAUAAAGCUUUGCGGGUCUUUUUUGACUCUUCGAGAGAAGGUUGUCUACUUCGUCCACCAAUCAGCCAAAGACUUUCUACAGGGGAAGGCCGCGCACCAAGCUUCUCAAAAGGCUUGCAACUGGGUCUUUCCUCGGGGCAUGGAAGAUAUAAACCACAUUAUCUUCUCAAGAUCGGUUAGCGCGAUGUCUACGGUCUUGCGGCGCGACAUCUACGGGUUAAAGGAACUGGGACUCCCAAUUAACAAGGCUAAAACGCCAUCUCCAGACCCACUGGCCACAGUACGGUACUCGUGCGUCUUCUGGGUUGACCAUCUCCGCGACUCAAUUACCGGAAAAGACACGCCGCAACAAAACACGCUAGAUACGAUUCAGACCUUCCUUGAGCAAAAGUAUCUUUACUGGCUCGAAGCUCUCAGCCUACUCCGAGGAAUGUCGGAGGGCAUUAUCGCCAUAACACAGCUUAACGGCAUACUGGUGAGUCUCCCACCUAACACCAGAAACCAAGACUGA